UCUGUCUGUCGUUUUCAUGGAAACAGAAAUAUUGAAUUCGGUGAUGACUCUCGUGCAUCAGAAUCGUAAAUUGCCUCGGUUUAUUGCCACGCGCGUAAGAAUCGCAAUGGAAAUGGAUUUUAAACAAAGUAUCGGUUCCCUGUUUGCGUAUGAUGGAUAGGUCGCGCGACGUAAAAACCUCAUCUGAUCGGUCGUCCAAAAUCGUACAUCGUCUCGCGGGGACACAAGAAACGCAAGUCGUUCGUGAUUUAUUUUCUCUCGGUCAACACAGUCGCUCUUCGUGCAACGUAAGUAGUGCUAGUCGUCGUCUUUAGCCGCGCUCGAAAUAACGAAUAGAAACAAUACUCGCUCUUUUCCUACUCAAUCUUCAGGUGAAGUAGACGUUCUGUUUUUUUCACCUAUAUUUGAUGUUGCCCCCAAUAACACACUGUAAUUGUUUCUAAAAGUAAGUAUACACCAUUCUUUUUUACCAAACUUCUGAACACUUCGCACUAUGGUCCGGCCCGCCGAGGAGAACCGGCCGUUCAACGGCAGCAGCACAAACCGGUCAGGAAUUUGGGAUGACCUACUCGGGAAAGCAGGGGCGUUCGCUUUCUUAACGGUAUAGUGAAGAAGUUUGUGGUCAUGCAUGAAUAAACUGAUUGGAAAUGGAAAGUGCAUCGCUGUACCUGUCUGUCUCUGUGCAUCGCAAACAAAGCAAUCUACAACAUCUGACAAUAUUCAAAUCGAAAACAAAAGCGAAACAACGAAUGAAAUCUCAGGUUGUCUCCAUCGCCGUGGGCACGCUUUUCAGCCUAAUGUGGUACAGCUGUCAUCCGGAGGGUGUCAUGAACGCGGAAACGUUGAAGAAAAAGCUCGCGUCCGACCCCUUUCUCGCCGAAUCCUCGAUGGCCUCCACGUAUGAACUGCAAAAGUAUCGCACUCGUAGUAAUUGCUAUUGCAGUCCUGCAUUACAAAUCUCCUUCCUGAGACAAAUCCGCAUUACAAAUUCCAUUUCUCAUGCUGGACAAAUUUGUGAUGCAAUUUAUAAAAUAACAAUAGAGAAUUUUUGGUCGGAUUUUUCUGCCUUAUAGAUUAUAGGGGCUCCCUUAGAAAAUGAUUAGUAGGGAGAUCACUUUCUAGAUGAUUCCCUUAAAUGAGCUUUUAGACGAAGCUCCUAAGGGAAGCUUCUAAGGGAACACGGGUAACAAAAAAACUGGCACUGUGGGGAACAAAAAUCCUGCAUGCCGUGUGGGGACCAAAAAUCCUGGCGUUGCAACUUGCAACGCCAGCCGCCCAGGCGUUGUUAACAGCCCUCGCGGCCUGCGCUGCAAGUUGCGGCCCGCGGUGGAGGCGUUGCAACGUCCGGAAGCUUGCAUGCCAGAAAAAGGCUAAGGGGCGCGCGUCCCAGAAUAAACAAAACCCAGCGGACUUUACCGCGGGCCAACUGGCUCAAGGAAAUGAAUCGAAAAAAAAACGCCGGGCCGGUUUUUAGCAGGCCUAUUCUGGCCACCCCCAAACCCCGACCCCGCUUGGGGGGUAGGGGGGGGCGAUGACAUCCGGCAAAACGAAAAGUAGGGGAGCGCCCCUUGCGAAGCUUAAGGCAAACACCACCCAAAGGGCACAAGCGCAACGCCCCGGGGAUAUAUCUGGGGAUAUAUCUGGGGAUAUGUCUGGGGAUAUAUCUGGGGAUAUAUCUGGGGAUAUAUCUGGGGAUAUAUCUGGGGAUAUAUCUGGGGAUAUAUCUGGGGAUAUAUCUGGGGAUAUAUCUGGGGAUAUGUCUGGGGAUAUAUCUGGGGAUAUAUCUGGGGAUGUAUCUGGGGGGAUAUCUGGGAAGGUAUCUGGGGAUAUCUCUGGGGGGGUAUCUGGGAAGGUGUCUGGGGAUAUGUCUGGGGAGAUAUCUGGGGAGAUCUCGGGGGGGGGGGUCUGGGGAUAGGUCUGGGGCAGCGCUGUGCUUUUUGGUCAUGUUUAUAUUUCGGCCGCGUAGGUUACAGCAGGGCCGUCCGUGGAAAAUGACUAGCAGGGGGCGCGCUUCUAGAAGUUGUCGCCAGGAGUCCCACCUAGAAAGCUGCAGCGAAGACGCGCUGAAGAAAAGGACUGGCAUUGCGGGGGCCGUCCUCGCGGGCGGGAAAUAGCACAACAGUGGAGCUCCUCUUGGCUCCGAAUCCGAUUUCUUUUCCUUAUAGAUUAGAGGGCGCUCCAUAGGGGCUGAGUAGUACGUAGGGGAGGCCGUUCUAGGAGUUUUUUUGUGGUAGCGGCCCCACCGGGCGGGCUUCUUUAGAAUGAAGGGGCCGGCGAAACGGCAGGGGGUGCGCUGCGGGUGGUCCUGUCUAGAAAUGAGACACCGCACACGAGGGCAAUCAGGCCAAGGCCCGCGGCCGGGUGGGGGCGAGCUAGCUAGGGGCUGAGCUCAGGGAACGAAAGCGAGCGCGCCCUCCAAUGUGGGCCGCUACUAGGGAGGGGCGUUGCUAGCAACCGCGGGCCCGGUUUGCCAUGCUAAAACCGCCCGCCGGGUUUCUAAUACAUAGUGGCCGCGUUUGCGCUAGGUAGCAGAUCCUCAAUGGCGAGACUCUUUCGACUAGCCUGCACCCCCAUGCUCGCUAAGUUUUUUCCUGGGUGUUUACAUUUAGACUUACUAGACGACCUAUCGCCGGCGUCCUGGACGCCGGCGUAGUAGUCUAGUACUAGUACGAUGCUUUUGCAAAGCAUACCACGCAAGACCACAUGGACGCAAAGAACGCCGGGGCGGGGCAGAAUGGCCUGGCCGCAAACAGUGUGUCCCCAACCAGCGCAGCGGCGUCCGCGGCCGCCGCACCAACAGCAGGAGGAAGUCCAGCGGCAGGUACUACGACGGGUGUAGCUGCAGGAGGCGCUCCGCCGGCCACGGGGCUGUCGUAAGACCAAGAUUAUGGGAUUCCUGCGUUGUAGCUUCUUAUCCUCGUAAUAUUCGAAAUCUAAUACUUGAUGUGAGUAGGAUAAAACGACCUGACGCAUCAAAAUUAACUUUGCUUACUUGUUGGUCUGUUUUAUAUUUCGAGGCCCACAAUUACAGAAAGAGAAAUUCAAAUUUGCACUCCAAGUCAAGUGUAUUGAAAGCAGGUAGAAUGUUUUCUGUACCGACCUUCAACAGCAAAAGAACCCAAUGUCGUGCAAGAACUCUUUUGUACUGGAGCAUUUUUUAAGCAGAUUUGUUACAAGAGAAGUCUAGUAUGCCACCGGCGAAGUGCACGCGGCACUGCCUACAACCGCAUUGAUAGAAGUGCACGAAGAAAAACACUUCUUGUACGGACAGACGCAGCAAUCGCAACGCCACUACCUCGUUUCCCUCUUAACAAGGUUUGCUCAAAUAUUAAAGUGGUGCUUUUUUUGUGCCCGGCACGAUUAUGUGCCCCUCUGAAGAUUUCGCUUCUGGUGUUGGCUUUUUUCACGACCUUCGUCAUUCGUAGAGUUGCAUUCGGC